GUUUUAAUGUUAAGAUUAAUGAACAAAUCUUAAAAAAUGUCUUCUGCUACAGUAUUAUAAACCAAAUGUUCAUGCAGUCAGCCAAAAUUAAACACAAUAAAAUUGUCAGAGAGUCAGUCUUGAAAGAAAGGCAAAUAUACAAAUUCUAUUCUUUUGAUUUUAUAGCAUAAAUACAACAGAAUUUUGGUUUUCUGUAUUGAUGUCUUGUGCAAUUUCCUACCAAAACCUUUUGGAACAAAAGUCGCUUGUAAUGUUUUACAGUAAUGCUGAAUGCAUGAUUGUAAACCCAAGCAGUCACUUAUUAAGCCUUUGCAGAAAAAAAAAUAUGCACAAUUUUCUUUCAGAUUCUAUCAACUACGCAGAUGAACCAACCACCAAAUAACGACUCUUUUGAAUCAGAACUCGAAGCUAUUGAAAACGCCAUGAACUCCAUGAUGCAAGGUGCAUUUUCCAUGAUGUUUCGAGAACUGACAAGUGGAUCUGGUAUAUUUGAGUCGAUCGAGUCCUCAUUCCCGGGCAUGACUGAGCAAGUAACUACAAUAUUAGACGGUAAAGCAUUAGAUACAAAAUACGCUGGACAUCAACAAGACGAUGUAUUUGGAGGCAAUGAUUUUAAACGCUUAGCCAAUAAAUCCAAAUACAAAAAUCUCGAAUCAAUUCAGGAAAAAGCAGUAAUGCCCAACCAUUCAAUAUUUGAUCUUCUACUCCCACAUGCAGUAUUCACCCGGCAAGACAACACUACUUCUACUCCUCUUAACAACCAUAACAAUCAUACUCAAAAUGAGAAUGGCUGGUCUUUUACAAGCUCGUCUCAGCGUACUAUCUACCAUCCUGAUGGCACACAAGAGACAAUUUUAACCAAGAAAACAAACGGAAACACAGAAACAACAACUUACAUUCGUUAUCCUGAUGGUCGUACUGAAGAAACCAGAGAACAAAAAAGCUCAAUUUGGAAUAAACUUUGGUGGAAAUAAAUAAUGCAUGUUUCAGGCAGGCUAAAUGAUUUUACCUCUAAAUUGAUCAAGUAAGCAUAAUUCUUAAAAUAGUUAAUGCACA